AUGGAAACGGAGCAGACGGAAAGCCGACUGCUGCGCGACGACGAGCGCGUGAUUGACGAUGGAUUGUUGGAGGAUGAGGAUCCACUGGCGUCCAAAGAAGACGAGGAGUUCACACGUGGCAGCGCGCUCGACCGCAGCACCAAGCGGAAACUCGAUUUCGUCCUGCUUCCCUUCCUCGCGCUGCUCUUCCUCCUCAACAGCGUGGACAAGAGCAACAUCGGCAAUGCGGAGACAGCAGGGUUCACAACCGACGCCGGUCUCGCGCCGGGAGAUUUGAACGUGUCCAUGGGCUUCUUCUUCGCCUUCUUCGUCGCGCUACAACCUGUCGGCGCCGCGCUGGGCAGGAAAUUCGGCAUGGUGCGAUGGGUGCCAGCUUGCAUGAGUCUGUGGGGCUUGUGCACUCUCCUGCACAUCUGGGUGCGAGCGAAAUGGCAGCUGAUCCUCUUGCGGAUUACGAUUGCCAUCCUCGAAUCUGGCUUCUACCCCACCACCGUGGCGUAUUUGAGCUUGUUCUACACGCGCUAUGAAUUUGCUGUUCGCCUCAGCUUGUUUUACGGUCAGACUGCUGUCGCGGGUGUAAUUGGCGGCGUGCUUAGCUGGGCGGUCUUCAGCGGGUAUGAGACGAGGCCAGGUCAAGACGCACCGGAGGAACACGGAGGUCUGCGGGGCUGGCAGGUUCUGUUCCUACUCGAGGGAUGCUUGACCAUGGCGGUCGCGCUUCUGGGCUUUUUCUGGCUACCUCGCAGUGCAGACACCGCCUGGUUCUUCAACGACCGACAAAAGAUAUGGGCUGAGAAGCGCAUACGCAUGGAUUACCAGGAUGCCUCCAUCUUCAACAAUGCAUCCCGCACGCCCGACUCCAGAUCUAGCUCUCACGGCCAAGAGGACCCUCUCGUUCGACAACCUUCAACCUCUCGGUAUGAUCCCGACACCCACCCCGACGAAGCGCACCGCCGCCUCCUGAACGAAACGCACCCCCCCGAACCCUCAACCCCACCAAACUCCCUAACCGCACACGCCGGCCUGACAAAAACCGACAUCCUCACCGCCUUCCUCUCCCCCAAAAUCUACCACCUCCUCGCAGUCAACAUCCUCUCCUCCAUCCCGGCAACAGCCUUCUCCAUCUUCCUCCCCCUAGUCAUAACCCAACUCUCGCCGAGCCUCAACCUCCGCCCCUCCGAAUCAAACCUGCUCUCCGCCCCGCCCUUCGCCUUCGGCGCCACCCUCCUCUUCCUCUUCGCCCGCUGGUCCGACAAGCGGCGCACCCGCCUGGUCCCCAUCCUCGUCGGCCUCGCCAUCCUCCUCGUAGGGUUGACACUCACGGUCCUCGUGCCCCUCUCCUCCUACAUCCUGCGCUACGCGGCUCUCUGCCUCCUGCUAAGCGGCAGCUUCAUCGCGUCCCCGCUAACCGUAGCGUGGAUAACGAACAACACGCCCGAACCCGGCAAACGGGCGGUCCUGCUCGGCAUCAACGGCUGGGGAAACUUAGCAGGCGUGUUUCUCUCCGUGCUCUUCACGCCGAAAGACCGCGUGAACGGGUACGUGCGGCCGUUUGUCAUUACGCUGCUCUGUGCCGUGGCGAGUUUCGCGGGCUACGUCGUGUUCUACGUCUUGCUGUGGAGGGAGAAUCGGUGGCGGGAGAGGGUGGUUGGCGGGUGGAGCGAGGAGGAGCGCGAGCGCGAGGGGCGGUGUGGGGAUGUGCGGAUUCCGAUGUCGAGGGGGAUGGUGCUUUUGCUGCGGCUGCGGCGGUGGGCGGGGCUGGAGGAGGCGAGGGUGGGAGAUGAGAGGCUGACGUUUCGAUAUGGGCUUUAG